AUGAACGCGGAUAAGACUCCCAACGUCAGUACAGAUCCGGAGAAUACGUACAGCUGCACUGCCUGUAAGAAACCAGAUUCGGCCGACGACUUGGUUGCUUGUGAUGAGUGCCAUUGUUGGUGGCACUAUUCCUGCGCCGGUGUCACCGGUUCUGUGUCUGAACGCCAAUGGACAUGUUCGAAGUGCCUGCCCGUUCCCGUUCCAGCAAAAUCAGUGUCUGUCGAAUCAUCAGCAUCAAGCCGUAAGGUACGCCUCGAACUAAGCUUACAACGGCUGGACGAACAGCGAAAAUUAGAAAAUAAGCGGCUCGAGCUGGAAAAGAAGUACAUUGCGGAAAAGUUCCAGUUACUGGAAGAAUCGCUGAGGGCAGACGAUGAGGAUAAUCGUAGCAUCCGUGAUAAAUUACCUACAGCAGAGGCGCGAGGUAAGCAAGCUCAAGUGAGUGACUGGGUGUUAAGCCAGAAAACUUUGGCUUCACAUGAGAAUCCGUUAUCGCAACAAAGUAAUCGUCUCUCGCGAGUGACAGAGCAUCUCGCGGACGAAUUAGGCGCGGUUGGAGGAACCAGUACUGUUCCACAGGUCAUCCAACAAGACGCACCAGUUCAGCUGAGUGCCUGUCAGAGUAUGCCAGCAGUCGAGACUGCAGAACAAGAAUGUUCAUUUCGCCAACUGAAACAUCAAUUGGAAAAGUGCGAAAACCAAUCCGUUCCUGAUGCAGCUCAGUUGCGAGAAUUGCAGAGAUUGCUAACUAAGUGCCAGAUCCAAGCAGAGCAGCGCGAUCAAUCGAAUAGCGCUCCGCAGCCAGACGCUUCAAAGGGCGCCAUCCCUAAAGCAAGCCACACGCUGACAAUUACUAACCUACCACAGGAUUAUUCCAGCAGAAUGCCAUACAUCAUUUCACCACCGGCUCAAAACCAUGUCACUCAAGCUCCCAUACCCGUCAUUCCAAUAUUUUCUCCGCCAAACGACUGUGAAGAAUGGAGCCGCCAGGGACAACCUAGUACUUCCACUGUAGCAGCACCGAUUUUCGAAAUACCCCCGAUCGUUGUACCUCCCAGGCCAUCUUCAGAACAACUGUCGGCCAGGCAAGUCAUGCCGAGAGAUUUACCCGAUUUCUAUGGUGAACCCGAAGAGUGGCCUAUCUUCGUGAGCAGUUUCAACAAUUCAACGGCGGCGUGUGGGUAUAGCAAUGCCGAAAAUUUAGCCCGUCUGCAGCGCUGCCUGAAAGGCAAUGCGCUUAAAUCUGUUCGUUACUAUCUGUUGUCUCCAGAAUCCGUGCCUGAUGUGAUGAAGACUCUUGAAACACUAUAUGGCCGUCCUGAAGUCAUCAUCACCCGUUUAAUUAAGAACGUUCGAGACACACCGGCACCGAGGAUUGAAAAGUUGGAAACAUUGAUCCACUACGGAAUAGCAGUGAGGAAUCUAACCCAACAUUUGGUUGCUGCCGGACAACAAGCUCAUCUCUCCAACCCAGUUCUAGUCCAAGAGCUGGUUGAAAAGCUGCCACCUAAUAUUAAGCUGCAGUGGGCAGAGCGUUUACAUUACUUACCCGCAACAUUGCAAACAUUUAGCGACUUUAUGGCUAAGGUAGUAGAAUCAGUAAGCAAGAUAGUGGUACCCAUAGAUAGCUCAGGGGUUAGAAAUGAAAAAUUCAAAACCAGAGAAAAAGGUUACAUACACGCACACGCUGAUAAUGUUUUGAACAGGGUAAUUAAUAGGUCAGAAGUAGAAAAGCCUUGCGUAGUAUGCAACCGAAAUGGGCACCGAGUGAAAGAUUGUGUAAAAUUUAAAGACGCUAGCAUUGAAACCCGAUGGAAAACUGUUCAUGCAUUGAAUGUUUGUCGAAAUUGUUUGAAUAUGCAUGGCCGGAGGGCAUGCAGGAGUUCCAACCGAUGCGGAGUGAAUGGUUGCCAAAUUCGGCACCAUCCAUUACUGCAUUCUGCAUCGAAUGGAAAUAAACCAGCUACUGUUUCGUUGAACGAAAAUCACACUCACCACCACAGUGACCAGUCUGUGCUAUUUAGAAUCAUCCCUGUGACUCUUUAUGGCGAGUCGGCAUCCAUUGACACCUUCGCCUUCUUAGACGAAGGCUCAUCCGCGACACUGAUCGAGCAAAACUUGGCGAAACAGUUAGGCGUUAGCGGACCCAACGUUCCCCUCUGUCUGCAAUGGACGGCUAAAAUGUCUCGUACAGAAGAAGAUUCUCAGCUUAUUUCGUUUGAGAUGUCUGGUGUAGGCAAUCAAAAACGUUUUCGUCUGGAAAAUGCUAGGACUGUGCAAAGCCUCAACCUUCCAACACAAACCCUACGGUUCGACCAACUGCAAGAGCGCUUCGAGCACCUAAGGGGCCUGCCCGUUCGAAGCUAUGCAAACGCUACGCCGAAGCUACUAGUCGGUUUACGUGAUCUGAUUCUGGCUGUUCCACAAAAGAUCAGAGAAGGAAAGGAAGGCCCAGCCGCAGCUAAAACCCGGCUCGGGUGGUGUGUGUACGGCAGCUUUGGAAAGUGUCAAGACACAAAACAAUUCAGUUAUCACAUUUGCGACUGCGCGAUGGAAGAGAAGUUAGACGGUUUACUGAAGGAGUAUUUCAGCAUAGAAGAUACUGGAAUCUCAACAGCUGAGCCUUUGGAAUCAGAAGCGGUAAAGCGAGCGUGGAAAAUACUUAAGGAAACUACACAGCGAGUCGGAGAUCGGUUUCAAACUGGACUAUUAUGGAGAUGCGAUCGCGUGGAACUGCCAGAUAGUCUUCCUAUGGCCAUCCGUCGGUUAGAAUGCCUCGAAAAGAGGAUGAAUCGAGAUCCAGCCCUGAAGGAGGAAGUACAUCGACAGAUUCAAGAGUAUUUAGAUAAAGGGUACACCCAUCGAGCAACUGAAACUGAGCUAAUCAGUGCUGAUCCAAAGCGAAUUUGGUACCUUCCGUUGGGCGUCGUUCAAAAUCCCAAAAAACCAGGGAAGGUCAGGCUGGUUUGGGACGCAGCCGCGAAAGUUAACGGAAUAUCCCUUAAUGAUCUUCUUCUUCCGGGACCAGAUAUGCUACUACCGCUGCCCUCUGUUUUGUUCCGUUUUCGCCAGUUCCCUGUGGCUGUUUGUGGAGACAUAAAACAAAUGUUUCACCAGAUACUGGUUAAAGAAACCGAUAGGCAUUCGCAACGUUUUCUGUGGCGCGAUAAACCGAAAGAGCCACCAAGCGUAUACAUAAUGAAUGUCGUCACAUUUGGGGCAACAUCGUCUCCAUCCUCAGCGCAGUUUAUAAAAAAUCAGAAUGCUCUGGAAUUUGCGGACAGAUUUCCUAGAGCAGCACAAGCGAUCCUGAAAUGUCAUUAUGUUGACGAUUAUCUGGAAAGCUUUGAAAACAUCCGAGAAGCACAGGAGGUUUCAGCAGAUGUACGGUUCGUGCACAGUAAAGGAGGAUUUGAAAUCCGAAAUUGGUCUUCUAAUAGCAAAGCUGUUCUGGAUUACCUCGGCGAGAAAGCGAACGCGACCGAGAAGAAUCUUUCACCAACAACGAAUAAUUUUGAACGAGUUUUAGGAAUGCAUUGGCUUCCUGAGUACGAUAUGCUUAGUUUCCCUACCUCGUUCUCCGAAGAUAUCAUGUCUUUAAUCCACGGGAAUAAAAGGCCGACAAAACGGCAGAUACUGAAGUGCAUCAUGAGCCUUUUUGAUCCACUCGGUUUACUGGCUUCAUUCUUGAUACACGGUAAAAUCGUAAUGCAGGAAGUGUGGCGCUCCGGUAUUACAUGGGACGAGCCGGUAAGCGAUAAGAUUUUCUCGCAGUGGAAGAGGUGGACCGGAAAGUUCGCUGAUAUCGAGGGGAUCGAAAUUCCGAGGUGUUAUUUCCGCGCUGCAAAUGCGGAACUUUACAGAAAUCUCCAAGCCCACGUGUUUGUCGAUGCUAGCGAGGAAGCAUAUGGCGCUGCAGUCUACUUUCGAAUUGUUAAACCAGAUGAUUCUGUACAGUGUACCUUAGUUUCGGCCAAGACAAAAGUUGCGCCUUUGAAAUAUGUAUCCAUACCGCGGUUGGAGCUGAUGGCUGCUGCAAUUGGUGCCCGUCUACUUACGUUUGUGGAAAAAUAUCAUUCUGUAACUAUUACGCGACGGUUCCUGUGGUCCGAUUCACACACUGUUCUAUGUUGGAUUCGCUCCGAACAUCGCAAAUAUCGACAGUUUGUUGCUUGCCGGAUUGGCGAGAUUCUGUCGCUGACCAAAGAAUGUAAAUGGAGGUGGGUUCCUAGUAAAUCUAACGUCGCCGACGAAGCCACCAAAUGGGGUAAGGGCCCAUGUUUUGACGCAGAUUCUCGAUGGUAUGUCGGACCUAGUUUCUUGUAUCAGGCGGAAGAUCAGUGGCCAACGAAUAAACACACUCCCGUGACCACCAGUGAAGAACUUCGUCCGUGUUUCGUUCACGCGGAAAUUGCUACUCCUGAACCAUUGGUGGAUGUGACAAGGUUCUCCAAAUGGGAACGUCUUCAUAGAGCGACAGCCUACGUAAUUAAAAUCGGACAACUCUGGAAAGCAAAAUCUGUCGGUGGCAGGAUAAACUGCGAACGACUCGAACAGCAGGAUUUGAUGGAAGCCGAAAUAUUAUUGUGGAAGCAAGCUCAACUCGAAGCAUAUCCGGAUGAGAUCGUCACCCUUCGCCACAAUGAAGGAUUGCCGAUCGAAAAGCGACGUUCUUUGGAAAGGUCAAGUCCUCUUUACAAGCUCUCACCGAUGCUUGAUAAAGACGGAGUCUUGCUUAUUGAUGGCCGUAUAAAUGCGGUCAAUUUAGUUCCAGAAACAAUUAAGUCUCCGAUAAUCCUUCCGAAAGGACACCGAAUUACCUUUCUUGUGAUUGACUACUACCAUCGAAACUACCUUCACGCCAAUGCAGAAACAGUUGUGAAUGAGUUACGUCAGCGGUUUUACGUGCCACACCUAAGAACACUAGUUCGAAAGAUUUCGACCCAAUGCCAAAUGUGUAAAGUCUAUAAGGCACGUCCUGAAAUUCCCAGGAUGGGACCUCUUCCGACUGGACGGUUGUCUCCAUUCGUACGUCCCUUUAGCUUUGUGGGUUUAGACUAUUUUGGACCUCUUUUGGUCAAAGUUGGUCGAUCGAACGCUAAACGUUGGAUAGCAGUAUUUACGUGCCUAACUAUAAGAGCGGUCCAUGUGGAAGUGGCAUACACACUGUCAACGCAGUCGUGCAUAGCUUGCAUUCGAAGAUUUGUAAAACGACGUGGAGCCCCCCUCGAGUUUUAUUCGGACAACGGACGGAAUUUCGUGGGAGCAGCGACAAUAUUGAAGAAGCAAAUAGAGGAAAUUCAUAAAGAGUCUGCAGCUACAUUCACUAGCGCACAUACCAAAUGGCUCUUCAUACCACCUGCAGCACCCAGCAUGGGCGGAUCAUGGGAACGAAUGGUCCGCUCAAUCAAGACCGCGAUGAAUAGCUUACCACAAAACUGCAAGUUGGAUGAUGAGGGACUACUGACGAUGGUAAUUGAGGCUGAAGCCACUGUAAAUAAUCGGCCGUUGACUUAUCUACCUCUAGACUCCGAGGAACAGGAGGCGUUGACGCCCAACCAUUUUAUCCUCGGCAGUUCAAGUGGGCUCAAACAACCAAUGGAACCAACCGAUGGCGUUGAAGUUGUACGGAAUUCUUGGCACCAGAUCUUUGUCUGUCUUAACCAUUUUUGGAGAAGAUGGGUAAGGGAAUAUUUACCCACGUUGACCAGGCGAAAUAAAUGGCACGAUGAGGUACGAGCGUUGAUGUUCAACGAUCUGGUUAUUGUUAUUGACGAGACGAAAAGAAAUGGAUGGAUUCGUGGUAGAGUCCUUGAGGUAAUUGCUGGACAAGAUGGGAGAGUCCGACAAGCUGUGGUCCAGACAUCCGACGGCAUGUAUCGACGCCCCGUUUCCAAGCUAGCGGUUCUAGAAGUGGACGAAAAUGGUAAGGACGACUCCAUUACUCAUCCUUACGAGGCGGGGGAUGUUGGCAACCGGGCAUAA